AUAUAUAUAUAUAGUCUCCGUGUGAACAUGCUGCUGUCCCUGGUGGUGCACACCUAUUCGCUGCGGUACUGGUUUCCAGCCACAGUCAUGCUGGGAACUGCUCCGGUCUACCUGCUGUCGUGGGCCGUCUGGCGUCUGCUUUCAACCAUCCUACCAGCCAGAGUUUAUCACAGAGUGGACGACCAGCUGUACUGCAUCUACCAGAGCAUGGUCCUCUUCUUCUUUGAAAACUACACAGGAGUGGAGAUUGUUAUAUACGGAGAUAUACCAAAGACCAAAGAAAAUGUGAUCUAUCUUUCUAAUCACCAAUGUACAGUUGACUGGAUAAUUGCCGACAUGUUAGCCAUCAGACAGAGUGCCCUUGGUCAUGUCCGAUAUGUCCUUAAAGAUGGGCUGAAGUGGCUCCCUUUAUACGGCUGGUAUUUCUCUCAGCAUGGAGGAAUUUAUGUAAAAAGAAGUGCGAAGUUUAAUGAAAAGACAAUGAAGAAGAAGCUGCUCAGUCAAACUCGGUUAAAAACACCAAUGUACCUUGUCAUUUUCCCAGAAGGAACCCGCUAUAAUCCCGAGCUCAAGAAUGUUAUCGCUGCCAGCCAGGCUUUUGCUACUAAAGAAGGACUGCCCAUUCUGAAACACACAUUAACUCCCCGAACAAAAGCGUCUCACAUAGCCAUUGAGACCAUGAAGGGCCACCUGGAUGCCGUGUAUGACGUCACAGUAGCCUACGAGGGAACGUGGGAUGCAGACGGCCAAAGAAAACCUGCACCAUCUAUGCCAGAAUUCCUGUGUAAAGAAUGUCCCAGAGUCCACAUACACUUUGAGCGUGUGGACAUAAAGGAAAUUCCUGCAGAGCCAAUGUUUUUCCGCAAGUGGCUGCACGGGCGGUUUGAAAUCAAGGACCGGCUGCUGACAAACUUCUAUGGUUCGGAGGAUGCAGACAAAAUAUGCAGCUUCCCCGGGGAAGGACUACAGUCUCCGCUGUUCCUCUCUAAAACCUUCCCAUCGGUGGUGAUCUUGGGGGGCCUCACACUGCCAUUACUGCUCACCAGCACCGGCAGGAAACUGUACAUGAGAACAUGGAUCUGUGGGACACUUCUGGGGUGGCUGUGGGUAAAUGUUUUUCCUUAACGAACGGAGCACGAAACCGACUAACGGAACACCUGCCUGCAGAGAACGUGCCAUUUUCCUGUACCACAAGGUGUGUUACAGUCGCAGAGCCGUAUUUGAUCUCAUUUGCAGGCUCUGAUAUUUCCCACGUAUGCCUCACUGUUGACCAGUCAGCUGAAAAGUGAAUGGAAGAGGAAGAAAUUAUUAAAAAUAAUUUAUUAUAAUUAAUAAUAAAAAUUUAAAUUUCUCUGCUACUUCUUCCCAUGCGGUAUUUGGGUUUACAGCCUGAAAUGUCAAAAACAAAAUGGUUGGGUUUGAUGAAGCUUAUUAGAUCUUGUGAAAUUCCCCUUGAAUUUUGCAAUAAAAAAGAAGCCUGAUUUAGUCAAAUUUAUAUUCUUGCUUGCUCACCUUUUCACCCUGAGCGCCCCAGGACAUGGCUACUAGUGUGAAACUCUUAUCCCAUGCUGUAGUGGGCACAAGUACAAGAUAUUUCUGCACAUGCCCAGUGGAGGUAUUGAAUGUGUUGCACUCAGAAACUCAGAGCAGCUACAACAGAACUCCAUAGCAUUUAUUUUGAUUUUCCAGCACUUCGAGUGUUAAGUGUUAGUGUGUAGGAUUUAGGCCUAGCAGAAAUAGAAUAUAGGAUUCCUAACCAUCUGUUCUUUAGUGUAUGCAAAGAAUGGACGUGCAAGGAAUGUAUUUGUUUUCAUGAGCUUAAAACAAGCACUUCAUAUCCACAUGGGAGCGGCCCCCGCUCAUGGAGGCUGCCAUGUUGCCCCAUAAUGUUGAUACAGUAGCCCAAAAGAGACAUGUUUACUCCAUCUUUCACAUCUUUUAGUGCGGCCACGAGGCUGAAGAAAAAAGAUGAAUCAGUUGUUGCUCCCCUAUAUACACGUGCUCUAGUAUUUGCUAGUGCACGCGAACAAGUUUGGGAACUCUCAUUUUUGUGAACUAGAGGAUCAUAAGUAUUGCUCAUCACAACACAAGGCAAAGAAGCAUGAAUCCCUGUUGCCAAAGAAGUGAAAAUGUGAAAGAAAAAGUCCUGACUGAUAACAAAAUAAUGCAGUCUGCAACCUUACCACUAGAUGACACUAAAUCCUACACAUUGUGGCUUUAAAGGAACAUCCAAGUCAAAAUUGACACUUUUGAACAGGAUGUGUUUGUCUGCUUAUUGGAGAAAAUUUUGGGGGGGGGGUUCACAGAAGUCAGGCUUUAUUGAACUAAUUUAAUUUUAAGUUGUAACUUCUCACCUGGGAUGAUGUGCAGAGCACACAUAGUGGUAAAUUGAACUGUGAGUUUUAUGAUUUUUUUUUUUUCUUUUCUUUUCUUCACUCUUGCUGGAUUCUGUCUCAGCUGCUCAGACUGUUUGUGAGCCGUGCGCAGUACUAUCAUUAGGUAAGUGCAGAGGUGUCGUACCUGGAGCCAUGACCACUUGGAAUACAAGUUUCAUACCCGUAGCCAUGAUCUUUUCUAAAAUUGGCCAGUUUUAAGGCUCUUAAGUGACUGUAAUUUUUGAGACAAGUGAGCUCGGUAGAAAAGAAGUUUAAUAUUUCAGCCAUGUAACUGAUAACCAGUACACUGACCUGCUUGUUGUGGGUUGUUAAUUUUGUAAACCCGGUUGUAAUGUGUGCUCUUUAUGCCAAGGCCCUUGUCAGAAAUGAAUAUGCACUUUUUCUCAUUCAAAGCGAUAUUUUUACAUUAGAACAUAAUAGCAUGCAGGCCUCUAUUGAGGGUCAAAAACGUGACACCAGCUUUAUGGUUUCUCAUUCUCAGUAUCUUCAUAAAGAAUGUAGCCAUUUUAAAAAUAAAUCAUUUAUUUUGAUUACUGAUACGUGGGGAAUAUCUUUUAUUAAUGUUGUUUUGUUGUGUUUUUUUGUUUUUUUUUACGGGUGUUAACUUUUUGAAUUUUGGAGCUGGUGUUUUUAUAGGGAGAUGCAAGCGUGAGCUCGGGCAGGGGCCACAGUGGGCUCACGUGGAGGAAUGCACGUGUGCUUUCACAAAUGUUGCUUUUAGCUUAAUAUGUCAGCCAUUGCCAAAAAAAAGAACUGGUAUAUUUACCAGCAUGUUCUACAAGUGUUUUAAGUUGAACAGUGCUUUUAAAAAUGUCUGCCAUGGUGAGGGUUUUUUUGUUUUUGUUUGUUUUUUGCCAAGCUUUUUGUUGUGUAUGUUGCUUCUAAUGCCAUAAUACCCCAUAAUGCAAAGUAUCUACCAAGCAAAAUGCUGAGAAAGCCAUGUUGACAGUAUACCACAGGUUUCCCUGCACUCAAAGCCAUUUGUAUUGUAAACAUCACAGUAUACUGAAAUGCACUGUAUGUGUCCAUCGUUGUUUACCGUAACAAAACCAUCAAGUCACUUUAAAAGUUGCUGUUUUGUCCUGUAGAGUUGGUCUGUUUUCCUUCAUGUCAGCACAGAGUGAAUCUGAUGGUUUUAUACGUCACUCUGAUUACCUCACUUGAAUAAUUCUUCCUUGUUCUGAAUCGACCGCUGUCAGUCUUUUCUUUUAGAAUUCUGACAAGACCAGACUGUAACUCAUCAGGAAACUGUAGACAGUAUUUAAAUGCCAACUGUUCCUGGAAACGUGUGCCUUCUCUUUAGAGGAGUUGGUCCCUGCCUCACCCGGAGGACCACAGGCCUCUUCCCAGGUGACUGCAUGGGGGCGCUCUGCUGCAGCGCACCACAGCUGCUUUUAGCUGCAGCACACAGUCAGAUUGUCUAAAGUCCAUAGUGGCUUAUUUUGCUCUUUAAAAAAUGCAUUGAUUUACACUUGAGGAUGAUUAUUAAAUGAUUAAACUCUUAAUGCGUGUAAGCUGGUUAAAUGGAUUGCAGAAUAAAAUCAAGUGGUUUUCUUGAA